CCGCCGCGCAUGCGCGCUUCCGCUCGUAAGAAAGCCGGGCGUUCGAGGCGGACGAUGGCGGAGCUGGGUGAGGCGGACGAAGCCGAGUUGCAGCGCCUGGUGGCGGCCGAACAACAGAAGGCGCAGUUCACGGCACAGGUGCAUCACUUCAUGGAGCUAUGCUGGGAUAAAUGUGUGGACAAGCCAGGGAAUCGUCUGGACUCUCGCACUGAAAAUUGUCUCUCUAGCUGUGUGGACCGCUUCAUUGACACUACUCUUGCUAUCACCAGUCGGUUUGCCCAGAUUGUUCAGAAGGGAGGGCAGUAGACCAUCCCUUUGGAGAAUGACAGAAGCAAAGGACUUGUUGUUAAGCAGAUUGAAGGGCCACUGGGGGAAGGUCAUCAGCCCAUUGUCAGGUGAACUUGAGGCUGUUACCAAGCCUGUUGGUGCUAAAAAGUAACAGAUCAAAUGUUCAAAAAGUGAAAUUUAUUUAUUUGGAAUUCAGAAAUUCCAGGUUGUAUCACAACAGUUAAUAAAUGUGAAUUCUCCAA